CUCACUCGUUUGUUUGCAGUUUCAGGGUUAACGAAACCCACGAAGCAGCGAGAUCAACUUUCUCAUCCAUCAGGUUACUUCUCUACUUUAGUAGCCCCUUUAGAUGCAUCAUCCUCAGCUGUAUCACUGUUCACUGAACAAAACUUGAAAAAGAGAAAGACUAACAGCCUAGCACAGCAGUCGUGACAGUAAAAAGUGCGAGCGUAAUUCGGCAUCGAGCGUGUGACGCUUGUGCUGGGAACUUUCUGCUUUGCGUCACUGUCAAUGUGACACAAUCCCUUUUGUCUCAAGUCGCACCAAACGGUCUAGCAAGAAAAAUGUUGUGUCUGAAAACAAGACAAGGAGCUGACUGGAUGGGAUGAAAGUACAAGGAAAGCAAAAAAAGAGGAAAAAACAACCAUGCUGGACCUCCACCAGGUGGUUUACAUUGGCUUGGAGCUGCUGAUCGCUCUCCUGGCUGUGGCUGGGAACACCCUGGUAUGCUGGUCCGUCUGCCUGAACUCCAACCUGCAGAACAUCACCAACUACUUUGUGGUUUCACUAGCAGUCGCUGAUAUCGCUGUGGGGCUACUGGCAAUUCCCUUCGCUAUCACAAUUAGUGUGGGUUUCUGUGCUGAUUUUUACGGUUGCCUGUUCAUCGCCUGCUUUCUGCUAGUGCUCACACAGAGCUCCAUCUUCAGUCUGCUGGCCAUCGCUGUGGACCGCUAUAUUGCAAUCAAGAAUCCGCUCAGGUACACCAGUCUGGUAACAGGCCUGAGAGCAAAGUGCAUCAUAGCACUGUGCUGGACUUUAUCAGCGGUGAUCGGCAUGACUCCACUCAUUGGUUGGAACACAGGCCGAAACUUAACACUUCACAGCUCAGAAAAAAAAGGCUGCCCAAAAGGUCUGACCCAAUGCCUUUUUGAGACAGUUGUUCCUAUGGACUAUAUGACCUAUUUUAAUUUCUUUGGCUUUGUGCUGACCCCUCUGUUGGUCAUGCUGGUCAUCUACAUCAAAAUAUUUCUGGUGGCGAGGAGGCAGCUCCGUCGAAUGAGCAUCACAGUUUCAUUCUCACCUGUUCUUGGACGAAGACCUUCCUCCUCGAACUCUUCUCAUUCUUUUCUGCAGAAGGAUGUGCAUGCUGCCAAAUCAUUGGCAAUUAUUGUGGGCUUAUUUGCUAUCUGCUGGCUUCCUGUGCAUAUCAUCAACUGCUUGAACCACUUGUGCAAAGGCUGUAAGCGUCCAACAAUCUGGGUAAUGAACAUCGCCAUCAUCCUCUCCCACGCAAACUCUGUGGUGAAUCCCUUUAUUUAUGCCUACCGCAUCAGGGAGUUUAGACACACAUUUUGGAAGAUAUUUUACAAGUACAUUCUGAGGCAGCCAACCAGCAGUGGUACUGGGACAAUGAGUUUUGACAGCAGAGAUUUCAGCUGCAUCAGCAUCAGACGGACAUCCCAAAUGAGCAAAGAGGUUUCAACAUGUGACACAAUGGUGAAUAGCUACAUCCUGGAUUCUGAUUCUAAUCCAUCAAGAUACGAAGUUAAUCACAGAACUUCCAGCCGUUGGUCUUCAACUCAAGAUGUACUGCCAAGCAGCUGCAUCCACAAUGGAUACAAAGGGCAAAGUGACACCUUCUCAGGGAUGCAGGAGAACCCAAGCACGGCAUUUCGUGCACAGGAUGAAGCUGAAUCUGCUUCAUGUGAAGAGGGAGCGGCAGAUGUUUUUGAGUUGAAAGACAGAGGAAGCUGCAUUGAUUUUGUUAAUGUUCAAGCUGUCUCCGUAAAAAAGAUUGAUUGUUGCAACUCCACAGACAUAACAGAAGUGUCAUGACGUUUACGUUCAUAUAUAAAAAUUUUUCCGCCACCACGACACUUAAUCCUGUGAAGACAAUUUCUUUAAAAAAAAUAAACAAAUUUUAAAAAACACUGAACAGAAUAGCUAUUUUUUUUCUCAUAGCAUAAGGCUUGUUUUUAUUUACUUAGACUUUUAUUUUCGAUAUGAGCCAAAUUAAAGAUGAAGGUCAGGCUACAUCAAUAUAAAGACGCUUAAAGCAGGAGACACUUUUUAAUAUGAGCUGAUGCUUAUAUUUUCUCUGCGUGUUGUUUAAGUGACAUCCAUGGAAAUGCCUAAUAAAUGCAGGCUGUAUACAGUAAGCAAUAGCAAAAAUGUUAAAUAAUAUUGUAAACAAAACAAUGAUACAUACAGUGAUCAUUUUUAGACCCUGUAAAGAAGUAAAAAAAUAGUUUUGCUACUCUAAACAUAAAAAUGUUGAUUUUGAUCAGGCAGUGUGUAUGCUAUCUGGGCCUUUGCACAUGUUUUUUUUUUUUUAUUAUUAUUAUUUAUUUAUUUGGACUCUGAUGGGUUUACUAAAUAAAAACUGUGUAAACAAAACCAGUUGGCCAAAGCUGUCCUGCUUCAAACCCAUACAAAAAAUUACCAUUGGACCUAUAAUCAAUCUCUUAAGUGAUCAAUUAUUCAAACCACUUCAUACUUUCAUUGACCCCAUAUACAAAUGUUGGCUCAAAACUGAAAACAUUACAAAAAAAGACUUUCACAUUGGCAAAAAGAGCCUUGAUCCUUGACAGCAAGGGUGCUGGGAAGUUUUUGUGAGGACAAAAAGUUUCUUAACAUGUAUUCCACCCUACUGAACAAAUGUCAUCAAAUUGAAACGUUUUACAGAUUUUUAUCACUGAUGUCAAUAACUGUACAAAUCUUCAGUCAGCCUUGUACUGCUCCAUGCCAUGCAUUGUAGUUUAACUUUCAAACACUGAAACAGCAUUUCUUACAAAGCUGGAUGUAUAAUCAGAUGCUUCCUUUCUGUUCAAACAUGAAUAAAAGAAUUGUUUGGUGUUUUGUUGUCAAACACACAAAUA